GGAGGGAACGCCCCACUGAGGAGGAAAUGUCCCAGCGUGGCUCUCGUGUGUGACGCAGUGAGAAGAGCAGCUGCGGGCCAUCAGGAAGGACCUUGGUCUUGUCCAGUCAUUGGGACUCAGAGAAGCCCAGGGCACCGAGAGCCAGGGGUCUGCACAAGCCCGUACAGCUUCUCUCCCUAGGCUUCCUGCACCCUGACCAGCUCCAGCAUCGGACUCAAAACCAUGCUAGACUAGGAAGCAGAGGGGCCCAGAAAAGCAGAAGUAGGGACACGACAUCAGGCCCUCUGUGAGGAGGCUCGGUCUUAUCCACCUCCUGGGCCUGGUGCUGCUGCAGGUGACAUCUGUGCUGGGGAAAUGACCCUGAGGGUUGGGGCAGAAUGGCUGCCUUCAGCCCUGCUCCUUCUCCAGGUCCAAGGCUCUUUGUCUCUGAGUGGCCCCCACACCGUGACAGGCAGUGGGGGUUCCCUGAGCGUGCAGUGUCGGUACGAGGAGGAAUACAGAAACUAUAUCAAAUUUUGGUGCGAAUACCCGUGCUCGCCACUGAGGAAGAAGAUUGUGCAGACGACAUUUUCAGAGAGAGAAGUGAGGAGCGGUCGUGUGUCCAUCAGGGACUAUCCAGCAAACCUCACCUUCACGGUGACCUUGGACAGCCUCACAGAGGAAGAUGAAGGCACGUACAAGUGUGGGAUCCUUUCGCCAUUCGGUCACGACCCCAUGUUCCAGGUUACGGUGUCUGUGUUCCCAGCCCCACAGAAACCCCCAGCCCAAAGGUCUUCACAAGCAACCUGGGCCCUCCGUCCUCGCUGCCAGUGACCACCUGGCCCAGCAUGACCAGGCAGGAGACCCCGGAUCCCAGCCAACACCCUCGGUCCUUCCUCAGCAACGUCCGCUUCUUGCUCCUGGUCUUCCUGGAGCUGCCCCUGCUCCUGAGCAUGGUCAGUGCCGUCCUCUGGGUGAACAGGCCUCAGAAGAGCUCUGGGCGGAGGUGCAACCAGCCUGAUUAUGAGAAGCAGUAACACUUGUGGCCCAUCG